AUGGGAAGCUGCUUCGCAAAGCCAUGGCUCACUGAGUGUGCAAAUAAAAACAGAAACAAAGAUAAAUACCUUAGUACAGCAAUGGCAGAAUCAGGACAAGCAUCGUGUAUUAGCCGCUCAGAAGACAUAACCAUACCCACCCAAAGAGAAUUUCAUCAGAUCGAGGCUUCAACUUAUUGGUUGCCUAAGGAUGACGAAGAACAGAUGAGACUUACAGGCCAACAUUUUGCGUUAAAGGAAAUUUUCGGAGGAAACGUGCUACAAAGCGUAACUGAAAUUCUAGAUCUUAAGCAAGGGCUAUCUAUACUAGAUGUAGGGUGUGGCUCAGGUGUAUGGGUCAUGGAUAUGAUUAAUGACUAUCCAGACUGUAAUUAUGACGGCUGUGAUAUGGUGAACAUUGUUGCUCAAAAGCCUACACCCAAACAAUUUACUUUCAGGAUUGCAAAUGUACUAGAGGGGCUGCCAUAUCCGGACAACACUUUUGACCUUGUUCAUCUAAGGCUACUUGUCUUGGCACUACGCUAUGACGAAUGGCCAAGUGUGAUCAAAGAGUUACUACGCGUUACUAAGCCAGGAGGUCUCAUACAGAUUAUGGAGCCAGACUAUAGAGUAACAGAGCAUGACGACGUCUUUUGUAAGGUAGUGUCAGCGUCAAAAGGUCAAAACCCUCGAAUCGGCAUUGAAUUAGAAAGGCUACUGAGAGAGGCUGGCAACACCAAUAUUAUAGAGACAAAAUCUGCAUCUGUUGAUACAACCACUGGCAGCAGUGCGGCCAAAAAAAUCGCUUGGAGUUGGAUGGAAGGUGUAAAGGGGACAAUGAAGCUCGCUGCUCCAGCGUUGGGACUCAAGGACGAGAAAGACCAACAAAAGUUCCUAAAAGAAUUUAAGCAUUGCAUGGAAACAAAGUGUGGAUGUCUCCAUAUGGAAGCGGUUGUAGCUCAAAAAUUAUAG